AGUUUAUUUUCAAUAUGGGGCAAAAACUAAAAUGAGCAGGACAGACUAAACAAAGCUGGCAUUCAUAAAAACAGUGACCUCUGGUUUCUUCAGCAGCAAAGGGAGUGUGUACAUUGGGGGAUGCAUCACGUUGGAAACUAAAGUACUGAAGAUGAAAAGGUGUUUCGAAGGUAUUGGGCUGCGAUGCUUUCUUAAGGGCCAAAUAUAGGUACCAUCUCUUUGAGCAUGAAAAGGAACUUCUGCUAUGGAGGCACCUGCCUAUGUACUCAACUUCUUCAUCCUUUGCCUGCUGUUUCUGGCACCUCAGAACAUCUGCAAAUAGUUCCAGGUUCAGGAUGGGCCAAUGGCGGCCACACAAAGCCAAAAGUACCUCCUGGUCUUUGACUUUGAUGAGACCAUUGUAAAUGAGAAUAGUGAUGAUUCUGUCAUCCAGGCUGCUCCUGAGAAAAAACUUCCAGAUUCCAUACGCCAAACCUUCCAGGAAGGUUUCUACAAUGAGUACAUGCAGCAGGUUUUGAAAUAUCUGGGAGAUCAAGGGGUAAAGAUGGCUGACUUCAAAGCAGUCUAUGAAAAGAUUCCCUUGUCUCCUGGCAUGCAGGAACUCCUCCAGUUUCUCUCUAAGCAACAGAACCACUUUGAGAUUAUCCUCAUCUCUGACGCCAACAUGUUCGGCAUUGAAUGUUCAUUGAAGGCUGCUGGGGCUUACUCCCUCUUCCGUAAAAUCUUCAGUAACCCUUCUAGUUUUGACAAGAGGGGCUACUUCACCCUGGGCCCUUAUCAUUCACAUAAUUGCCCCCGGUGCCCUUCAAAUAUGUGCAAACAGAAGAUCCUGACUGAAUAUCUGGAAGAAAGGGCUCAGGAGGGAACCAAAUUUGAGAGAAUCUUCUAUGUGGGAGAUGGAGCCAACGACUUCUGCCCUUCCAUGGCAAUGAAGUCCAGCGAUGUUGCCUUCCCAAGGAAAGGCUACCCCAUGCAUCAGCUCAUCCAGGAGAUGGAGAAAAACCAACCUGGGGCCUACCAAGCUACUGUAGUCCCUUGGGAUUCUGCCAUAGAGGUUUGUUCCUACCUUCAAGAAAUUCUCAAGAAAAAGUGCUGAGGGAAAGAACUUGGCAGAAGCAGCAGCUCUUCUUGACUUACCUGGCAUACAGUGUAGAAAGAUCUGUGACUAACCUUGCACUGUCUCAUGCGUGGCUUCUGCUCUGGGUUUUUUUUCCCUCUCUCUCUCUCUCUCAUUGUGCACAGUCUGUCUCUGGAUCUUCCCUUCUUUUGAUCUUGAGAUAAGGGCUCUCUAUGCAGUUUGGCAGUCCAUUCCAGGAAGGGUGGGUGGGUGCCUACCAUCUCGUAUGUUUUGCUUGCCUAUGAAGACAAUGCUCUUGCAUUUCUUAAAAUUGCUUAUCCACUUUGGGGAUACAGAAAAGGCUUCUCUCUGCUACCAAAGCACUAAAAAGCAGUCAUGGGUCCUGUCUCAUUGAAUACUCUACUGUAGAUCUAAAUGGGGCAGGAUGAUGUGUCUGCUAGGUCAGGUUUCAUUUAAACUAUGAUUUACUGACUCAGGUUCAGCUGAGUUCAUAUACUGUUAAGCCAUAAACCAUGGUUCACAAACCACAGUGGCUGGAUUCACAUGCAUUAAGUCAAAAGCAAAGCAAGCACAUGAUUUAAUGUAUUGUGUAAACUAAGCCAUUAUCUAUGUUUCUGAAAAGUAUGUCCAAAAGUAAAAAGAAAAAAAUGCUAAAAGGUAAUUUAGAUGUAGCAUAGUUGUUGUGCAGAACACAAUCAUCUGUUGACCUCAAUGUACUGUUUUCCUUAAGGGCCCACUUUAUUGCUGAGAUGAAUGUCCUAGGCUAGCCUUCCCUAACCUGGUGCUGUCAGAUGUUUGACUUCCAGAAUUCUCAGCCAAUGUAGCCAAUCACUAGGAAUUUCAAGAGCUGAAGCUGGGCUGGACAUUGCCGUUCCAGAUUGGGCAGGGUGACUUUAACCAAGUACACUGUAAGAGAAAACACUCUUGCUAUAGCAGCAUGUUUAUCUCUCCCCUAGCAGAGACUCUCAGGAAGCAUUUUUCCUCCUCCAAAAGAAGCUGCUAUCUAAACAAGGCAGGGCCUGUUUGGGGUAUAAAAAGGCCAUAGACACAAGAGAACAAGCAAAGUACUCUGGGUAUUUUGGAUGUGUAGGAAACAUGUUAGAAACAGCUGUUGCUGAUGAUAAUCCAUGUAGAGCAUAGCCUUCCAGAUGUUGCUAAGCUACAAUUCCCUGCAUCCCUUACCACUGGCCUUGUUGGCUGGGGUUGCUUGGAGUUUUAUUUCAGCAGUAACUGGAUAACCACAAUUCCUUCCCCCAACUUUAGAAGUGUAGAAAGUAGAUUACAAGGUAUGAAAAUAUCUACUAUUAAUGUAUGUACAUUCCCCAUUCAUCCAAGGUCAUCCUUCCUGUAAUUUCAGCUCUAACUUUGGAGUUUUUUUCUCUCCAUUCUAUUCAAAUAAUGCUGCAUAUACUCCCCCAAAAAUUGGAGGCCGGGGGACAGAGACAAAGGGUCUUAUGGAGAAAGUAAUUUGCAGACUUCCCAGCUUGUUAGCAAUAUGUCCAGGCUGAGUGAACUCCCCCCCAUCCCCCGGUGUAUCAUAGACAACAUUUUUAAAACAUAAAAGAUCCCAUCUUUUUUAUCAGCUUAUUCAUGCAUGGCUUCCUCAAAAUUAUUUGGGGAGUUUGAUAAGAAUAAAUAUGGUCACUGCUAAAUAUUUCUAAACUGCACACAUUUCAUGUUUUGCUCAGGAAAAGGAAUUGAAUCAAUCAAUAUGAAAUUAGUGGCAUUAAGGAGCUAUGGGGCUGAGGUUAGAAAGAGAAGUUAGUGCAACAUUUCAUCCAGACAAACUACAGUUUACUCCACCACCACACAACAGAUAAUGUGCGAAACUGCAACAGUGGAUGCUGAAUCAUAAGAUAUAUAAAUUAUGCCAUUUCUCUGUGCAACACUGGAACAGGUUGCACCUGAAUUUAUUACUGUAGAUACACCUGUAUGCCAGAAUAAUUUCCAUUUAUUAUAAUUGAGUAUUUGACUCUUCUCUCCCAAGGUGUCAUCCCCCAAAACACCAGCAUGUACUUCUCCUUGGCUUGAAAUGUGCUUGCCACUUCAUAUUCCAAAGCCAAACCAGCAAUCUAUGUCUGUCUGCCCAUAUCUUCUUUUGAAAGGUCUCUUCAAAAAAAAAAAAAAAAACGUUUUUGUAACCCUACUUUGAUCUGUAUUCUCUGCAAUUUUCCCAUAUUAUUUUCUGUUGUUUUCCUCCUUUCUGCUUGUUCUUUUUGGAACUUAAAGCCAUGGCAACUUUUUUAUAAGCACACACACAAGAAAGAUACCUAGCAAAUACUUCAAGUUGUCUUUUGUAUACUCGGCUGACAUAAUUGCUUAUAAAGUGUAUUCAAGUGUCUUUUUCAUGGUUCCCAUGUUUCUAAAGUCUUGAA